AGCAAUCUAUUUCCAAAUCAAUUUGCACGAACUUUCCUUGUAUACUGUCGAGAGGCCCCAACGAUCUUGACAUAUCCCAGAGUCCACAGCCCAGAACGAUUAUUUAUCUCACAAUUUCCUGGAUUUUUGUUUUCGUCCUCAAAAAGAUGGGGCAACAGCAAUCCAAGGACGAGCUGCUCUAUCAACAGGUCAAUUACGGCAACACCGACGGAAUCAAAGCCCUUUGCAGAGACGGUGCUGGUCUUGAGUGGAUUGAUAGAGAAGGGAAAACCCCUUUGAUUGUGGCUUGCUUGAAUCAUGAACUUUACAAUGUGGCCAAAACCCUCAUAGAACUCGGCGCCAAUGUCAACGCUUAUCGGCCAGGACGUAAUGCAGGGACUCCAUUACAUCAUGCAGCAAAAAGAGGCCUUGAAAGUAUUGUUAAAUUACUUCUGUCACAUGGAGCUAAUCCUUUAGUCAUGAAUGACGACUGUCAGACUCCCCUUGACAUUGCUAGAGCUAAAGGGCACUGCAAUGUUGUCCGGGCAAUUGAGAGCCACAUUUGCUUGUUCUCUGGUUGGAUGCGGGAGUUUUAUGGACCAGGGUUUCUAGAAGUAUUUGCUCCUCAGCUGCUUUCACGUAAAGUUUGGGUUGUUGUUUCGCCAUGUGGUUCUCGUAAUCCUAAACAACCUUUCAAAUUGGAGCUCGCAAUAUAUGCUACUUUUCAGGAUGCCCAACCACGUGCAGUUUUCGCACUUUGGAAAGCUAAUUUGGAGGUGCCAAAGUUCCAGCGUGGUGAUCCUUCAGUGUCAAUUAUUGAUCUCAACAUAUCAAGAGGCAGGAGGGGGAGACGAAGUAGGCGUCGAAAACUUAGGCAAACCAGCAUCAAGCUUGCACCUGCAAAUGAAGGUGACAGGCAACAACUGCAGUGGUUUUGUGAUGCUUGCAAAGGAAUUCCACAGGCAACGCAUCCUGCUUUUCUACAGAACUCUUAUACUCCAGUAGUUCAAGCAACUGCACCAGCUGCGGAAGAUUUUGAACUGCAAAUGGCGAUCAAUGCAUCCAUUCAAACUGCUACUGCAGAACCACCAUAUUUUGAUGCUCAUUCUGGCACUGAAGCAAGUGCAUCCACCAGUUGGAAUAGUUCGGCAAAUUCUGGCAGUCAAAUUGUCUCUGCAACUCAGCAGACUCAGGAUAUUGUGAGCCAGAGUGAUGUCACUGAAGCUUCUAAAACGACAAAUAAUUUAGAACAUGCAACAGCAUCAGCUCCACCUCUUGUGGAUGAGAUGAUAGAAGAUGGUCCAAUUCACUAUCCAUCAAUUGAUUCAAGCCCUAUUGAUUUGUCUUCUCCAACUGUUGAGAAGAUGCCAAGUAGUGCAGGUGAAAGGAAAGAGGAUGGAGGCUCUUCGGCGUCAUGUGUGAUAUGUUUGGAUGCUCCAGUUGAGGGGGCUUGCAUCCCAUGUGGCCACAUGGCUGGUUGCAUGUCUUGUUUGAAGGAGAUCAAGGCCAAGAAAUGGGGUUGCCCUGUGUGUCGCACCAAGAUAGAACAGGUUGUAAGGCUCUAUGCUGUGUAACUGUUGAUGCCUGGUGAGUUGGUCGAAGUGUUAAGGUAAUUGAAAUUCAUCAAGCUAUAAUCUAAAUGGCACAAUGAGGCAUACUCUGCACGUAAUUCGAUGAGAGGUAUGAUAUGUGAGACCGUUCAUUGCUUACCUUGCUUCUGUUACGACGUUACCUGUCAUGAAAGUGCACAUUUGGAAAUGAAGCUUGAAAGUACAGGAUAUGUUUAGGUUCUCUAUUGACCUAAGUGUGUUAUAUGGUGUAUGAUUGUAUUAGCUUCUAGUUGAUAAGCUUUGGUGAAAUUUGAGAUUCUGAUUCUCUUGUAAAAUAUACAUGGAUUGUAAUUUUCCUGUUCUGGUGUAUGAAUUAUACCUUUAUGUAUGCCUACUGGUGUAUGAAUUAUACCUUUAUAUAUACGUAUCAGUCUGUAAUUUCAAUGGUUUUUCCUGCU